GUCCUCCUCAUCUGUGAGGUGUGUAUGAUGAACGCUCGGUAUGUUUACUGCGUCUGAUGUUUGCGCGUGAGCCGUGAGGAGCUGCACAGCUGCUGUAAGUCUGAGAGGCAGCACCACUGGAUUUGCAGCUGACCUGCAGUCUUCUCUUAGUGACUUUAGUGACUCUUUGGAGAGAGAGAAAGUAGGGUGUGCGUGCGUGCGUGUGCGCGCGUUGUACUUUGACUCUGUGAGCAGGUCCAUGGGUCACUGCAGUGUGAGGCUGUGAUUUGAAGUGUCAUGAUGUGGCAAUGUGUAUUCACUAGGAGACACAGAAAGGGACUUUUGCGGAACUAGCUAAUAAUGGAGUUUAGAGGGCCGAACUGGAAUGACCAGUGGCCACAGAGCCAGCGCUCGGAUCACAGAGUCAGAGAUGAGCAGCACAGGUCUCAUCAAGCAGGACAACAAGCCCAUUAUCCUCCCCCAGAUGUAAGGGACAGUGAGAGACGAUGGUAUGCCCCAGAUCCGCGCUACAUGUACUACAUGAGCGGGCCGCCGCCUCCUCCUCCUCCUCCUCCUCCUGUAGAGUUUAACACCGCAUACGGGAGUCAAACAUACACACCCGAACGAGCUCGAUCACACUCCAGGCAAGGAUAUGAGUAUCCUCCUCAGAACUACUGGGAUUACAGGAAUGACUUCAGCUAUUACGAUCAUGGGUACUACGGAGGCCAUUAUGGAUACCCAGCAGCCUCAGAUGCCAGUGGAUGGUCAGCGCAGGGAUGGAGGCCAGAGGGGCAUCAGGAGUUUGUAGGAGCCACAUACGCACAUCAGCAUGGGUAUGAGCUCAGACGAGACAGCGGUCAGUAUGAUGGUGGUGUUUCUGUAAGAGAAAGCAUGGACACCAGGAAUGAAGCUUGGGAGGUGCCUGAACCUGGAGGUCUGGCCAGCUCUAAAACCUCUGGUCUGUCGUCCAGUACCUAUGAACUCAGCCAGUACAUCAAUGGAGAGGAUCAAAGCGAUGCUCCGCCUCCAAAUUACUCAGAGGCUGUUUCCAAGUCAGUGGCUCCGCUGAAGUUCUGUGUUCCUCAUGUGGCUUUGAGCUUUGGGCCUGCAGGACAGCUGGUGAGAGUCACUCCUUCUUUGCCAUCUCAUGGAGAACCUGCUCAGGUGGAAAUCCACAGCCUGGAGGUUAUACUGAGUGACACAUGUGAGCAGAAUGAUAUGCGAAGCUUUCCCGGACCACUGGUAAGGGAGGAUCUGCAUAAGGUGGAUGUCAUUAAUUUUGCCCUGCAGAUGGCUGAUGCUUGUCUGAAGUAUGAAACCUCACACAAGGCUUCCUCUGCCUCCCUCCUGUGGCAGCUGCUGGUAUUGCUGUGUAGACAGAAUGGGAGAAUUGUGGGUUCAGAUAUUGCUGAACUUCUGCUUCGAGGGAGCUGCUCUGUAGGAGUGUGUGAAGGAAGUAGCGAGCAGUCAGACGUGGGCAGCUUGAUUGAUCUGAAUGAAAGUCCAAAGCCAGAGGCGGACAGCUUUAACACUUCUGAUCUCCUAACCGGAAACCCGCUGAGUGAUGAAGAGACUUCAGAACAAAAGAUCCAGAACUACACCAAACUCCUGCUGGCUGGAAGAAAGAAGGAAGCACUGGAGUCAGCCAUGCGGAGUGGCUUAUGGGGUCACGCUCUGUUUCUUGCCAGCAAGAUGGACAGCAGGUCCUACAACACUGUACUAAGCAGGUUUACAGGGAGUCUAUCUCCUAGUGACCCACUCCAAACCCUUUUUCAAUUACUUUCUGGGAGGAUGCCAGCUGUUGCCAUGUCCUAUAGUAAGGAGAAGUGGGGUGAUUGGAGGCCUCAUCUUGCUGUUAUGUUAUCCAAUGAAACAGGAGAUUCUCACAUGCACUGCAAGUCAAUUAUCAACUUUGGUGAAACACUAGCUUCCAGAGGCCUGCUCCAUGCAGCUCACAUCUGCUACCUCACGGCUCACACGCCCUUCGGCUGGUACACAAACAAAGCACAGCAUCUGGUGCUACUGAGCAGCAGUCAUAGUGCUUCCUUUCCUGACUUCUGUCAUAAUUCAGCCAUUCGCUGCACUGAGGUGUUUGAAUACAGCCAGAGACUAGGGAACCCAGCCUUUAUCAUUCCUUCCUUUCUGGUGUACAAGUUCCUGUAUGCAUGUCGACUGCUGGAUUGUGGUCUGUUCUCACAGGCCUUCCAUUACUGUGAGCUCGUAGCUAAAGCUCUGCUCACAGUACAAGACCCGCACAUCGUACUUCUACAGGAGGUUACCAAGAUGGUGGACCGACUUAAACACUCUGAAACACAGAUCAGUGAGACAGGUGUUGAUCCAGACUGGCUGUCUCUGCUACAUCAGCGUCUACAGGACCUGCAGAUUGGGAACUCAUGCGGCAAUAAUUUGGACCCCUCCGCUGCUGAAGCCACUUCGGUACGAGAGGAGAGCAGGGAGUGUGCAGAUCCUAACGGAGGUGAACUUUCCACCAAUGAGAUGAUCCAUACUUUUCUUACAGAGGACGGUUAUACUGGUUCAGGAAAUGUGCAUUAUAAUCAGUCUCAGUUUGCAGCACAUGCCCAUUCCUCCUACACCACAGAAGAACAGACUUACAGCCCUGAAACCCAAACAUGUGCUUCGGAAGAGCAACUUCCUCCAAUCUAUGCUCCAAUCCCCAUGUAUUCCCAGCAGAAUUUGGACACUUCUGAAUUCCCACUAAAUUCCCACGCAAUGCAGGAUGGUGUCAAUCAUCCUGACACAUCGUACCACCAGAGUGCACCCAGUCUGGAUCCAGGAAGCCACAGUAAUACAGAUGGUGAUUUCUCCCCUUAUAAAAGCACGGAGAGUGCUCCUAUGAAUGGAACUGCUCUUGGUAGUGCUGAUCUGGACAUGACACCCCCUCCUACUGCACAGAAUACACAGGAAACCACUAUUCAGAAAAAAGAAAAGGAAACAAAGUCAGGGUGGUUUAGUGGAUGGUUCAGGUCCAAUCCUAAAGAAACUCCAGAGGAUCAACAUGAAGAACCCAAACCUGCUGUCAAGGAGUCAACUCCCAUUUCUACUUUUGGCACACCACCAAAGAUCUCUUCCACCAUGCUGCAAUCUCAGACCCAAGCUGCUGGAAUUAAUCCCUUUUCUAGGAGAGCUGGUCAAAAGCCAGGGGCAGCUUUGGGCCAGGGUCCCUAAUGCACCUCUGGGGUGUUCUCUCAUGGGAGGGUUACAGGUGGUAUUAACCUGCUGAGUUGGGAUCAAAACAUCUCAGGAUUCAACAUCAAACAGAAACCCGAAUGAUCCAAAGGAGCACCAAAAUUCCCAAUUAUUAUUAUUUUUUUUUUACUAUAAUAAGGCAACAGAUUUCAGAAAUGUACACGAUACACAUUUUAUGAUACAACAUUAUCUGUUCAUCAAUGUUUAUUCUCUAUUUACUAGAUGUGGAUCUGGAUUUGGCACUGAGAAAUGAACAAAAAUGCAAGGCUAUCACAUUUCAUGAAUUUUGUAUAUGAAAGUGUCUGUAAUCUGUUCAUCAUAUUCAUUGUACAUUUUUGAAGCUAUGACACAAUCCCAACAUUUUGGAAUCGAUUUAUUAAACAUUUAAUUUCUUUAGAGGAGGACAAGUGCCAGAUGGUGAAUUUAAAAUAGGCGAGAACUAUAACUGUUUAGCAUCUUUCAUUUGUUUAAUCCAACAUGACCAAAAAAGAAUGGAAGUCCAUUGAAAGCCUUUGUUAACUUUGAAUACGCUUCUGUUCCAUCUUCUAUUGCUGGGAAGCUUAUAUUCUUUAGCAUGCAGUAGUUUGUUGCUGUACACUUUAAUUAUGUAAUUAAAACAGUAUUGUCCUAUAAGGGCUAUUUAUAUAUGAAAAAUUAAAUUAAAAUACUCUUUCUGGCAAAGAGACAUUUAAAAACUCAAGGUAACAAAAUGUAUACAUUCUGUUUAAUGAUCAAAUGUAUGCACGUCAGUUAAUAAAUGCUGUGACUGAAGAAAUACAUUUUACAAUUCUGAAAUUAAUUCAGUAUAAUGCACUAUGAAAAUGUGUAAAAUUGUAUAAAAAUGUAUAAAAUACUUAGUGUUGGACAGUUGAUGUACUAUUACAGAAAUUCAGAGCAUUUUCUCUUUCACCAAGAUAAUUUAUGUUACACUGUAUUACCAUUUGGCCUUGGAUAAUGAUGGUGCACAAUAUUAAAGGAAAGGACUUCA